AUGGACGACGAUACGCCCUCGCCGGUUACGGCGGUUGUUACCCGCUGGAUGGGCUUCAUUUCCGGCGUGUUGACAAUCAUGUUGUGGUGUUUGGUUCUCCCGACGACGAACGCGUCGAUUUCGAUUCCCGGGCACUUUCUCGACGACGUGAAUCGCAACACGUGGCGCAUGCAACUCUUUUCUUUCGCUCCAGACGUCUUCAUCGACAUGUGGACACCCUUCGUGAUGGGUUUGACUUCCGUCCUGUGUCACUUUGAGUCGUUCGACCUGUCGCUGAUCACAGCAAACUUUGCGCGGUUCUUCCUGUGGAACUUCGUCAUGGCUCUCUUCGGCAACCUGGGAUACGCGGGAGGCAUGGGCGUCGUCGUCGGAAGCGUCACUCUCCUGACUACGCUCUUCUCGCUCAUCUGCAUUUUCCUGUGCGACGAACCCGCCAAGUUGGGCAUCCGCUUUGGGAAGAGAAGCGAUAGCAUGAGUUUCUAA